CUCACUGUAAAACAAAUUUUGCGCCACCUUAUCAGUCCGCACAAAUGAAAGUUCCCCUCACAAAUACCUCCUGGCACUCCAAACUCAUCCUUAACAUGCCCCCUUCUCCGCCCCUCCAACUGCGGGCCGCCAUGACCGGCGCCACCUCCUCACUCUCCCUCUAUAGUCGCAACAAGGUUGUCGUCAUUAUGGGCACCACCGGCUCCGGCAAGACCCAACUCGCCAUUGACCUUGCCACCCUCUUCCCCUCGGAGAUCAUCAACUCCGACAAGAUGCAAGUCUACGCGGGCCUUGACAUCACCACCAACAAAAUCCCACUUGAGGACCGCCACGGCGUGCCCCACCACCUGUUAGGCUCCGUCGACCCGGAUGACGGCGAGGUCACCCCUUCGGACUUCCGCUCACUCGGUCAAUCCAUCAUCGGGGACAUCAUUUCCCGUCAGAAGCUCCCCUUCAUUGUCGGCGGGUCCAACUCAUUCAUAUACGCGCUGCUAACCGAGAGGUUAGACCCCACCACCGACUUCUUCGGCGCGUUCGACUCACUGAGUACCGAGCUCAAGUACAAAUGUUGCUUCCUCUGGGUCAAUGUGUCGUUCCCGGUCCUUGAUGAUUACCUGCGAAAGCGGGUUGACAACAUGCUCGCGUCAGGGAUGUUUGAGGAGCUUGUCCGGUUCUAUGACCAGUGUCGAUUCGCCCCGUCAACCAGGACCGGGUUGAGGAAGACCAUCGGGUUUCCGGAGUUCGAUCGCUGCUUCAAGAGUUACCCGCCACGGAGGGGGGACACGUGGGCGGGAUUGGACCCACUACGAAGGGCAGCCUAUGAGGAGGCGAUUCGGGAAAUGAAGGAUAACACGUGUCAGUUGGCCAAGAGGCAGAUUGCGAAGAUCCAGCGAUUGAGAGACAGUGGGUGGAACCUGAGGAGGCUAGACGCCACGGAAGCAGUCAGGGCGAUGAUGAUGGCCCCGGGACCUAGGAAGGGACUGAAGUGGGCCGAGAUUUGGCAGAGCCAAGUCCAGGGCCCUAGCGUCAAGAUUGUGAAAAGGUUCUUGGAGGAGUAGAGAGAGAGAGAGAGAGAGAGGAACUGGUCCAAGAAUAUGUGAUGGUAUGGGAACUCGAUUUUGGGAGGACCAAUGGGUGUCGGGGUAGAGAGAGAGAGAGAGAGGAAGGGAGAGAGAGGAACUGGUCCAAGAAGAUGUGAUGGUAUGGGAACUCGAUUUUGGGAGGACCAAUGGGUGUCGGGGUAUAUACACAAUAAAAUUCGAAUAUGAAAAGUUAGAUCGGAAUUUAAGUGACAAUUUCGAUUGAUAAAUUAAGGGAUAACAACCUAAUUAAUUCUUGUAAAUAGAA